CACAAUAAAUAAAUGGAGAUAAACACAUCCAUUUUCCACAAUAUAUUUUCCCCUCACAAUAAACCAGAAACUCUCCGUACAUAACCAAACCAAUUAUGGAACCAGAGCUCCGACGUUUCGCCGCCGCAACGGAAUAUUCCGGCGACUUCGACGGCGCCUGCUCCACCCCCUACGCCAGCGCUCCUUCCAGCCCCGGCGCCCAAGCCGGCUUCUACUACAGCGCUCCCGCCAGUCCCACCCACUUUAUCCUCUCCACCGCCGCCCGCAAACCCUACACCGCCUCCUCCACGGCGGGGCCGGCGGACGCCAGUUCUUCGUUCGAAUUUGACUUCUCCUCGCCGGCAUUCAUGACCUCCGCCGACGAGCUCUUCUCCAACGGCCAGAUCCGGCCGAUGAAGCUCUCCGCCCAUCUCCAGCGCCCGCAGAUCCUCCCCCCACUGAUCGAGUCCUCCGACGACGUCGCAGACGCCGACCAGAGCAUCUCCCGCCGGAGGGACCUCAAGUCCCGGUCCGCACCCCUCCGCCGGAGGACCAGAUCCAUGUCCCCAAACAGAACGACGUCGUUACAGUGGCGGGAAGAAGAGAACAGCGCCGCAGCGAAGGGGCGAAACGACGUCGGUUCAUCUCCGCGCGGAAAUAUCCCCAAAUACGACGCCGGAACCACCGAAACGGCGUCGUCCGCCGGCCGGAGCUCGCGGCGGUGGAUCUCUCUCAAGGAUUUUAUGUACAGAAGCAAAAGCGAAGGGCACAAAUUUUGGGGAUCGCUCUCCUUCUCCUCCCCUGUAAAGGAGAAGAAGAUUCCUCCGCCAUUGCCGCCGAAGUCCAGUCGGGAAGGUAAGAAGAGGGCGGCGAAUCACCGGAGCAGCGUCGGCGCCGGAAAAUCGCCGCAUGAAUUGCAUUACACGGCGAACCGAGCUCAGGCGGAGGAGAUGAGGAAGAAGACGUUCCUGCCGUACAGGCAGGGAUUGCUCGGCUAUUUAGGGUUCAGUUCGUCGUCCAAAAGCUCUGCCGCCAUUAAUGGAUUCGCCCGAGCUUGAAUUACUUCGCCGAUUAAUUAAGGUAAAUAUUGAAAAAUAAAUAAAAAUUUAUUUAUUUAUUUAUUGGGAUUGAGAUUGGGUUGUAUAAAAUAAUAAUAAUAAAAAGGUGUUUGUGUUGUCUUGUAAUAUAUUUAUUUAAUAAUUAAAACGCUCAAUUUUAAUUUUA